AUCGAUAUGGAAAUUCGAAUACAGAAUAAGUGUAUUUCAGCAUAGCGUAUCACUCUGGAAGGCCCGGAUCCGCCCUGGAUGCAAGGCCCCCUCAAGGUUGCGUUUCUGGGGGCCUCCGGCGUUGGACGUACCAGUAUCCUACAGCAAUUUUUUAAGCACGACUUCCCGAAGGAACACAUCCGCACCGCCAAGCGGACCGUCUAUCGGAGCUGUCUGGUCUGUGAUACCUGCAUACGCGAGCUGAUGGUACUGGAUGUGCCACCGCAGAAGUACUUCCCGAUCGAUAAUCUGGCCGAGUGGAACAAUGGCCAUCCGCUAGGGUUGCGUACCGUCCAUACGUACGUGCUGGUGUACGACAUGGGGAAUCUGGACACCUUCCAGUACUGCCGCAAUAUGCGUGAUCAAAUUUUGGAAAGUUUCAAUCACCGUGAUUUUAAGAUAAUGGUUGUGGGCAACAAGGUUGACAUGGUAUCUAACCCUCAUACUCAGGAACUGAAGGACAUUUCCACCCUCGUUCGGAAACACUGGCGCUGCGGGUACGUCGAAUGUUCGGCAAAGCACAACUACAAAAUUGGAGAUAUUUUCAAGGAACUGAUGGGAUACCCGGUCGGUGGGACGGCACCAAAGUUGGAGUUCACGCAAUCGAUUGGUUCGAAAAAUCGUUGCACGAUACUCUAG